ACACCAACAUCUCCAUCUGCCCUCUCUAUUAUUCACCAACAAGAAAAUAAGGAGGAGGUCUAUGGCUUAUGUUUUGAUCUUUUGAGUGUUGUUCUUCUUCAUAUACGUCAAACUUAACCUUCGUGCAUUUCUUCUGUUUCUUUCUCCUAUAAGUUGAGAAUCCAAUCCACUUUUCAGGCUUAUCCACCUAAACCCUAUCAUAACUUAAAAAACAUAUCAACUCAAGUUGGUCAACCAUUGAGUUAAUAAAUAAAAAGAUCAAGAUCAAGAUUAGGAACAUAUUGUUCAUGAGCAGAUGGCGUUAGACACAAUUAUGUACCCACAUGAUCAAAUUGGUAUUUGGGGGUACGAUUAUUUGUUACAAGAAGAUAAAACUUUGUGUGGGAUUUUGGAAAGUGACAAGCUUUAUCAAAAUCAUGAAAUAUUAUUAGCUAGUGGCCUUGCAAAUAAUAAUAAUCUUGACUACUGUUCAUCUUCUUCGGUAAUGCAUAAUCACAACAUAUGUGAUAUGAAGGAUCAUUGGGGUACAAACUCUUCUCCGGAAGAUUGCGUUGGUGGUGGCACCAGAAGCGACGAGACGACAACAAUGACCACCGCUAAGGUGGCAGCUGUGGGCAGGAGGAAGCGGAGGCGUACUAAGAGUGGCAAGAACAAAGAAGAGUUGGAGAACCAAAGGAUGACUCAUAUCACGGUAGAGCGCAACCGCCGGAAACAGAUGAACCAAUAUCUUGCUGUUAUCCGAUCAUUGAUGCCAUCUUCAUACGUUCAAAGGGCGGAUCAAGCAUCAAUAAUAGGAGGAGCCAUAAACUUUGUGAAGGAGCUGGAACAACAACUACAAACUCUAGAGGUACAAAAGAGGGCCAUGCCAAACAACGGCGCCUAUGCUCCAGCGCUACCAUUUGGCGAGUUCUUCACAUUCCCGCAAUACUCUACUAGAUCUACCAACGAAGGUUCGGCCACUGCUAUGGCGGAGAUUGAAGUAACAAUGGUGGAGAGCCAUGCAAACCUCAAAAUACUAUCAAAGAAACGCCACGGGCAGCUCUUGAGAAUGGUGGGGGAGCUACGGUGUUUAUGGCUCACCAUUCUCCACCUUAAUGUUACCACCGUUGAUCACAUGGUACUCUACAGUCUUAGUGUCAAGCUUGAGGACGGGUGCCAGCUAAGUACGGUUGAUGAAAUUGCAAACGCGGUUAAUUGCAUUCUGGGAAGAAUUGAAGAAGAACAAGUGCCUUAACCUACUACUAACCCAUCCAUAUAUAUAACCCUACUGUUUUUAUAAUAAAUAAGGUUUUAAUUACUUUCUAUCUCUUUCUCUCUUCAUGUUGAGUUUAUACUAUCAUUAUUUCCUAAUUUUAUCAAUCAUAGAGAAUUAAUGACAAAGUUGUACACUGGGUUUUUUUU